UACAUGAUGGUAUGGGCCAAGUAAUGCCAGGAAGCCACUGUGCAGUAGCCUUAAGCAACUACUGUGAGCUAGGAAUUCAUCGUGAAAAUCUGUCAAGCUUGUAUUUACAGAAUCAAAGUAGCACUCGGUGGUACGUGUACAUGGUUAAAGGCAGUGAGUGAUGAUUGCUGGUUGCACUUGGAGCUGAGCUCUGAAGCUGCAGUUUAAUGCAUACAUGUACAAUUUAGACCUUCUACAUCCUGUGUGACAUCUACAGAGCUUGGAUAUCCCUGUAGUAUUCAACGUUGACGUCACUAUUGUGCGUGCACUGUGAACUGUUUGCUUUUUGCAAGAUUGGCAGCAUUAUAUUCCUAUAUUAAGAUUGACCGUUGCCUACCUACUAAUCCCUGCCACUGCAAAUAGACCUCGGUCGUCGCAGCAGACGUAGUCAUGGGGAAGCAGAAUAGCAAGCUCAAGCCGGAGAUCCUGCAGGACUUGAGGCAACAUACCGAGUUCAACGACAGCGAACUCCAAGAAUGGUACAAGGGCUUCUUGAAAGAUUGCCCUAGUGGCCACCUCAGUGUCACAGAGUUCAAGAAGAUCUAUGGCAACUUUUUCCCCUACGGCGACGCCUCGAAGUUCGCCGAGCACGUAUUCCGCACGUUUGACGUCAACAACGAUGAGACGAUCGACUUUCGAGAGUUCAUCAUCGCGCUGAGCGUGACGUCGCGCGGGAAGCUGGAGCAAAAGCUAAAAUGGGCCUUCAGUAUGUACGACCUGGAUGGCAACGGGUACAUCUCAAGACAAGAAAUGCUGGAAAUCGUGGAGGCCAUCUACAAGAUGGUGGGAACCGUCAUGAAAAUGCCAGAGGACGAGUCCACCCCGGAGAAGCGCACCGACAAGAUCUUUCGCCAGAUGGACAAGAACAUGGAUGGCAAGCUGUCGCUGGCCGAGUUUGUGGAAGGCGCAAAGAGCGACCCGUCUAUCGUCCGGUUGUUACAGUGUGACCCAAGCGGGGGCGGCGGUAGUAUGAUGUAAAAUUUUUCUCUGCAACGUCGUAGUCUGCUAGUAGGUUAUACGUGAUGCUCCGUUGUGGUAUGAUCUUGGCAAAAAUCCCUUCAUCAAGAGAAUAAUUUGGUCUGUGAGUUUUUUAGCUGUGGCUGAGCAGCUCUGGAAGUAGUCAUGUCUCUCUGUUGGUUGGUUGGUUAGUAACAAACUUCAGCAUAUGCCUUGUUUGGCAAUCAAUCACCUUGUCCCUUAGGCCCCGCAACAACACGUGCUUCAGGUCUCCACUGACCAGCUACCGAUUUAUUGCAGGCGUGGAAAAUUGGGUCACGAGGUCACUCAAUUCACAUUGGGGCUGGCACUGUACUGCACUCAAAUUGGGUGUUCCACAUGCUAUAAAACGCUCCAUGCACCAACUGACGUUCAACAAAAUAAUGGGAAUCCUUUUCAAUUGACAGACAUGACCAGUGAGUAGUUGUGCAUCAUAAGAACAGACUUUUACAUCACGUACAUGACAUAGGCUACAGCAAGUCUACAGUUGGGCUGCAGCUUCCAAUAUCUCGUCAAGCUUCUUUUACUGACUAGUUAUAAAGAAAAGGGUACUGUUCUAAAUAACUGGUCCUACGUUUUUUUUAAUUUUUGACAUUUUUUGGUCCAAGGUGGAAUGACGCUCAACUCAAAUCUUAAAACUGGGAGUGUCCUUUUUUUAUUAAAAGUCCUUCCGUUCGCCUAAUUGAAUCCAUCAGAACAUUGCACAAACAAAAUAGUUUUUAAAGCAAGAUCGAUGAAAUAUGAUGUAUCAAAGUUGUUCUUUUUAAGAGCGGGUUUGCAUUUAUACAAAAUAACACAAAGUUAUGCUGUGUUUUAAAAGCAUUUCAGUCGUUGGGUGCACCACAAAGUGACGUAUCGUCUAUGGACUUCGUGCACACGAUCGUGUUGCAACUGACGACAUUUACCAUUUAAUGCAACUUCGGAACAAAUUAAUAUUUCAAUUUUCAAGGCUAAGAAUAUGUUUAAAACGAAUUGCUUCAUGAGUGCCCAUCCAAUAACCUUUUCUCAAAAAAAGAACACACUCUCUGAAAAAAAAUAUUUAAAGUUUAAAUUCAGACCAAUGGACAGAUGAGAUAUUAUAGGAAGUCUGCGUUCUUUCACAUGCAGUGUCAGUCUCACGGUAGGUUUGUUUAACGUCCUCGUGUGAACGGGAAUAAAGCAUGACGAUUUGACCCUCUUACGUUAUCUUAGCAUUCACUAUCAGUGCGAACGCAGCGGUCGUGUCGAAAAAUAGAAAACUCUACUUUAAUACCAAGAAGACUGUAACAUGAAAGGUUUUGCCAAGAUCGCACCACUUGUUUUUUCUCCGUUGCUUGUUCCGUUUGCUUUUCAUAUGUGCCCAAGUUCCGUUUAACGUAUAUAUUGAACAAACAAAAGAAAUCAUUAUGUGUGCUACAGAGAAGCGAGUGAAAAUGUUAGAUCGUAGAAUUUUAGCAACUUCUCUUUCAUUGCUUAGGAGAAAAAUUGUGGCAAAUGAUUGCGCACGCUGUGGUUCAGUAUCUUUUUGUAAAUACGAGGGUUUUCGAUCGCACUGAAGGUAGAACACUAUAUGGUUCAUAACUUGGUUAGGAUUCGACGGAGUUUACAAGUGUCUUAUAACAUUUCAACUUUUAAAACAAGGAGGGUUUUUUUUUUUUACAAUUGUUAAAAUGUGUUAAAAUGUUUUGCAGCAAUGCAUACAGAUGUGAGACUAUGUGUAGAUUUGCAUGUAGCUGCCUUAUAGCUCACUUGAUACGGCCAGGUGAUUUUGUUCGGUUCGCUAUCCACCCUGCGUACGUGUGUUUCAGUUCAUGGAUGCUUCAUUACAUUUCCGGAGGGAUUCCGAAUGGCUUAUAAGUUCAGGCAUGGACUUGUUCACAAUUCAUAGGGGAUUUCGUAAGAGACAAACGACUUCAGCAUGUCGUUGGUUCAGCAAGUAUUCGGCAUGCACAUUUUCUGAUCAGGAGCCGUCAUAGAAUUCCUGAAAUCCACAAUAAUAUGGCAAAUGAAGAAGGAUUUCGUGUCCUUCUGGUAGGAAAUCGAAUGACGUCAGGACAAGUAUUUUUUCCUUGAGGAGAUUGAAUCCUCGGUCCUGAUUGGUCGAUCCACGGCAACAAUUGCGUGGUGUUAUCCCGUAUCGGAUUGUCCGUACAGCGUGGUGCGUAUUGCGUGCUUUGUAAGAUGCACGAGUAUUCCUCCGUCUCUUACGCGUUGAACGUUCGUUAUCAAUUGUGAAAUGUCAAAAAUCCACAUGUUUUGCAGAAAGUGACCUGAACCUGAACAACGUAUUAUUAUUAACAAACAAACAAAAACUUUCAUUGUGUAAAAAGGCACAGCUGAAGUGCGUGUUAAAAAAGUUUUAGCGGGGAAAAACAAAAGAAAUUGUGCACAUAAUUGCAGGCCUUGUUUGAUAUUUUUGGAAUUUUUUAAUAGAUUAUUUAAAUUUUACACAUUGACAAAAUGUUCAUAUUUUCUCAGUGUUGUAUCGAUGUUGACCAUUUGUUUUUAUUUACACUUUGGUGUUGCAGAAAUUAACCGGCUUGUAGAUAUAUAAUGUGAAGACAUAAUAGUCAAAGUAGCUAAUUCAAGUAAUCCAAAGUUUUUGGGGGAUAUUUCCGAAGUUUAACCGUGAACACAAACGCUAUUUUCUUUUGUUGUAGAGUAACUGUAUUUAGCAGUAAUGAACAAAAGUGCAUUGUCAUUUUCUGUCUCUUACAACGGCUUUGCAAUUCAAAUUUCUACUCCAUAUUGGAAUGGAUUCCUGCUCCAUCUCAUGGCAUUUUGCGAGGAAACCUAUGGGUCACUAGGCACCAGACUAUUCUAAAACCUCAGGUUGCAGACCAGUAAAUAGGCCCGAAAGUGCCUCUGCGGGACAAAUCACAAUUGCAUGCCCUCAUUUUUGUUGCUAUUAGAGCAUUUUGUGGGCAAAGAACUUAAGUUUUAUAAAAUAAAAAGUGUGGAAGCCGUGAACAUGACUGCAACCUCAUAUUUCUGUCAAAUUCGGAUGAAAUUGGGCCCUAAAAUUGCUCUAGUUUUGCAAUGGGGUGCAGGCAUCAUUUUUCAAAAUGGCAAUGGGCUUCAGGAUUACUUUUAGGGGUGAUCAUCUUUGGAUGAAAUUUUCUCCCAAAAGUCAUUGGUUAACCCCAAAAAUAUUGAACAGAAAAUGAAAUAUGAUGAAAUAAGCCUUAAUUUGAUGCGCGUCUCAAACACCUUGGAGAGAUGUAUUUUUUCCUGAAUUUCAGAAGGAGGGGCAUUUAUCAUGGAGGUCUAUGGCAGUUUUUUAGCUGGUUUGCAACCUAUAGGUUGCAAUGGUCACCGUGGGCAUGGGUACCAGCACGGUGCACCUAGUGAUAUUGGUCAAUAUUGUCGGUUGUCUUGAUGUACAUCAAAUUGUGCGAAAAAUGCAUCCAAAUCCAAUAAAGAUAUAAAAUACAUGUAGAUUGUCCGUGCAUCAAAGUGCGCUUAUUUAAUAUCUCUUUCUCAUUUUACAUGUAGAUGUAAAUUAAAAUCAUGACUUCUCCCGAUUCUUCUUGUACAAUUUCCUAUUUCAAUCAUGGUUAAAACAGACUUACAAAUUCAUAUUAUCAAAACUUGCUAUAAUGAAAUUAAAAUUUGCUAUGAGACUUUUCCAAUAUAGUAAUAUAGUAUUGCGAGUCAUGAGUGUAUUUUUAUCAUAUCAUGUACAAGUAUGACAUGAACGCUUUGGAGCAUUAUUCCACUUGCAAAUACAGGUUUUUCAAAUUAAUAUUUCGCAACAGUCUUGUUUUGUCAUUCCUAUAAUAGCAACUGUCCAUACCUUGCUGGGUUUUCGGACCAAACGAUUCUUGUCAGUCUCAUCUUAAUAACGCAACUACAACAAAAACAGCAGUGGAUAUUACACCUCAUACAUAUUCAUGAGCUUAACGCACAUCUGUCAUUGGUUGGUAUUCCAGUGCAUCAUCUGCAAUAUGCAAAGUAGUACUGGUCGAAUACCUUGGAACAACCGUCACACGUGUCUAUCUUUUUCGGGCAAUUUUCGUCAUUGUGUCACUGGAUUCAUAUCAAGUUUAGUGAACUUGAAACUUGUCGGAGAAAGUAGCGAUACUAUCCAGCUCUCUAUCCAUGUAAGAUAUGAGCUUCCAUGUCCAAGAACUGAAUAAUAAUCUCAUCUUUAUUCACAUACGAGGUUAUCGCUGGAAAUCCAGCAAAAAAAAUAAAGAAUAAGCCAUUCUUAAUCACCUUAAAAUGAAGCUAAAUAUGUAUGAGGUGUAAUACGAAGAAAUACAACACAGUGUUUUGUGGGAGUAAUUUUCAAAAGAUUGGUUAUUUUCAGGGGAGCUGUGAUACUUAUUGGACUCCUCGUGAACAUAUCAUUUCCCCAACCAGGAAUUAUUUUGUGAGGAGGAACAUAAGUGCUAGAUGCAAUAGAGAAACAAACAAACACCCCAACAAAUAAACAAACAAAAGACUAAUCUGAAUAAUGAGAACAAAGUAGUAAAGAACAUGCUUCUUCAGAGUCUAAAUUGUAGUAACUACAUGUAUGAAUAUAUAUCAAUAGUAAAUGGGAUAACUCUUAAUACUUUGUUGUUAUUUUACAGCUAAACUGCAAUUAACUUUGUUUACUAAUUUAGAAAUAUCUGUAGGUAUGGAGAAACCAGAACUAAAUUCCGAUAGUCUAGACGCCUUGUAAAAGACGGAAUUUUUACAAUUAUUUUUGUUAAGGGAAUGUUUUAAUCAUUUGCAUUUUUCACAGCAUUUUAAUCUGAAACGUUUUGUUGUGUCAAAGUGUUCUUCUGAACUUUACUCCAAUUUUCAAUAUUAAAAAAAAAGACAACGGAAAGUUCCUCCUGCAUUUGUUUGAUUCUGAAAUACGAUCUUGCCCAUUUUUUUUUUAUUCGGGGAGGGCAUUCUGCUUUCAACUAUCAUGAGUUGACCUUACUGUAAAUUUUUUGACGUUAAGAUUUUUUUUUCAUGAAAUUGCUGCAAACAUACAGUGCAUUACAUCGAUAUGCAUAUCAUUCAAAAUAGUUGUGUUGUGAUUCUUCAUGAAUUCGUACCAUGACCACAAAAAGUAGGUUCCAUUUCAAUGCACUGUCCAAAUUCUACCUCUGUAAAGAGAGAUUCUACGCAUUUAAUGUCAAAAUACCUGUUGAAAAGAUGGCCUCUUAACAUAUAAAAACAAAAAGUCUAACAAUAUUCAAGUCUAGUUCUGGUAGCUCAAUGACAUAUUGUAUAAAAAAUACUGCUUUGAUGUAAAUUUUUUGUUUUUAAUGUAGGUGCAGUCUGUUAGAUUAUACAUAACGAAUCAUUCAGUGUUCAAGACUUUUACAGUUGUAAAGCAAUUAGCUAAUAGUAUGUAGUUCUAAAUAAUAACCAUUUAUGUGUUUUUUUAUUAAUUUUUGGUGAAAAGGUUUUUUUCGUCAAUUUUUUUUCCAAUAAUUUGUGGACUGCAUACAUUAUAUCUUGCCCUGUUUCAAAGACAUUUUGUAGAGCCGUCUCCACAGUGUGAAUUAAGCGUUUAAUUUCUUCAUGCGUGCAGUAUCGUUAUGUGGUUAAGUUCAAAGUAACAACAACAACUAGAAAGUAGUAAGAAUACUAAUAGAAGAUCAAUAAUUUGAUAUGAAAAAUGUACAAAUUGCUUAAUUUUUUUUUGAUGUUAAGCGCUUUUGUUUGGUGUGCUGCUUACGUGUUUGCAUGUACAUAAAAGGUUUUGUGUUAUACAUGCACAUGUAUUUCUGGGGAGUUUUGGUUUGUUUUGUGUCUUAUGCUUUGACUGUACUCGGUUUAGUUUGCUGGCUAGAACCAUUCUUCACAGAAAGACUAAACUGAUUCGAGUUUGUAACACAUUGAAAUUGUCAACGCUGUCAAUUUUUUUUAAAGUUUGGUUUGUGUACGGUUUGCAUUUUUCUCAUUUACAAUAUUGUGGUGGUAAGCAACUUAAUGCCUAUUAUUUGUAUGAGUCGCUGGCUAUGUGUAGCUUGCCGGUUUGACUUAUGGAACAGAUCUUUCAGCCAAAAGAAACCAAAAAGAC